ACUUUUAUCAACCCCCUUCUCUCUCCCUCGCUCUCCCUGUCUUUCUCCACACCCAAAACGAAGACCCUGUCUGUGACCCACCACAGGGUGAUUCUCGUUUUCUUCUGAAUCUCCGUUCCUGCAAUCGUAUCGGGAGAAAAUGGCAACUGGGUCGUCGUUGGGUCGGGCCAACUCCGGCUCCAAGGGCAGCUUCGAUUUCGCCGCCGACGACAUCCUCUGCUCUUACGACGACUUCGCUAACCAGGAGUCUUUCCACAGGAGCCACUCCGAUCCCCCGAUCCCUGCCGGCGCCAUCAAGGAUUUUCAUAAAAAUAAGCUUGUGCGACCAGUGACAUAUGCCCCCCCUUCCUGUAGCCAGCCAGAAGAUUCUCUAAUUCAGGACUUGGUUUCCACAGUUGAGAAAAGCAUGAAAAGAAAUGCAGACAGUAUCAUGCGCUUUCUUGAGGGAAUCAGUUCUCGGUUGUCGCAGUUGGAAUUAUAUUGCUACAAUCUUGACAAGUCAAUUGGGGAAAUGCGAUCUGAAUUGACCCGUGAUCAUGAUGAAGCAGAUGCGAAGCUCAAAUCUCUUGAGAAACAUGUUCAGGAGGUUCAUAGAUCAGUUCAGAUCCUGAGAGACAAACAAGAACUUGCUGAAACUCAGAAAGAACUGGCCAAGCUUCAUUUUGUGCGGAAAGAUUCCUCCUCUUCAGGCCAAUCUCAAACCAAUGAGGAGAAAUCCCCUGCCUCUGAUAUCAAAAAGACUGAAUGUAUGUCUGAUCCAUCGAAUCAGCAACUGGCUUUAGCACUGCCUCAUCAAAUAUUGCCGCAGCCGCAGCCGCAGCCGCAGCAGCAGCCGCAGCCGCAGCCGCAGCCACAGCCACUUACCUCACAGGCUCCUCCUCAAAAUGUGUCUCAACCACACUCCUACUAUUUGCCUCCUGUGCAGAUGCAAACUAUGGCAGCCCCAACACACAUGACUCGGACACAAUAUUUGCCUUCUGAUCCUCAAUAUUGUGCUCGCCAAUCUCCUCAACUGCAAAGUGUAUCUAGCGUUCCGGCACAGCCUAUGCAGCCACAAGUGCAUCAGACGUUGCCGCCUCAAUCAUUAUCUCAUUAUCAGCAGCAGUGGUCUCAGCCAUUACAACAGCAGGCGCCAGUGCCACCACAGCAACAGUCAUCUGCAGAAGCCCAGAUUGUAGCACCAUCAACGGUGUAUCCUCUCUGUCCACCGAACCAACCGACAACACUAGCUCCUAAAGAAGCACCACUGAGCAGUGUACAUAUGCCAGUUCAAUAUUCAGGAAUUCCAGCAACAGCUUCUGGUCGUCCUGAGAAUAUGGCCAUUGGAUAUGGUGGUCCUGGUAGAACUAUUCAGCAGCAGCAGCCGCCGCCUCCACCUCAGGCUAUUCGAAGUACUUUUAUUAUGCAGAACAAUGAUGGUUUUGGAGCUGUUGGGCCAAACCCUUCUAUGUCUCCGGGGAAUGCAUAUAUGGUGUACGAUGGCGAAGGUGGAAGGGUGCACCAUGUGCUUCAACAAUCUCCCUUACCUCAAGGUGCAUAUCCUCAGACGAACGUCUCCUAUCAGAAUCCGCAGCCCACACCACGCCCUUAUAACGUCCAAAAUCUGGCACAGCCGCAGUUUAUUAGGAAACAUGCCAAUAAUGAGUUGGUUGAUAGGUUGGUGAGCAUGGGUUUCCGAGUUGACCAUGUCUUGAGUGUUAUUCAGCGAAUGGAGGAGAGUGGACAGCCAGUGGAUUUCAACUCUGUGAUCGAUAGGUUGAGUGUGCCUUCUUCAGGAAAUCCUCAGAGAGCAUGGUCCGGGUAAUAUCCCGGGCUCUGAGUUCUGUCUACAAAGAGAUUCCCGUUGCCGGCUUUAUCGAAUAAAUGGCGAAACUAUUUGCAUCAUACCGUCACGUAUGUUUUUGGGAGUGACGGCUCUACUUUUCAACUCGGUGGAUUGUUUCAUCUUUGUUGCUGAGGAUGAUCCGAACAAAUGGCUUUUUUUCUUAUGUGGAUUAGAUUAUCAAUUCAUCUCUCAGGGAUCAUUGGUCUGAUGUGUUAUGUUUGAUCCCACAAUUAAGUUUAUUCGUCGUAGGCAAAAGAAUGCACAUGGGUUUUUCUUCUAA